CGAUUUCGUGAUUCACAUGUGUCAAACAAAUCUAGACUGUCACCACACAACCAAAUGGACGGUAUCUCGAACCCAGGGAGCUUGGGCGUGGAUCCAUCAUUUCGUCAACGCUUGCAAGGCUGCUCCGACGAUGUGUUGGAGAAAGCAUUAAGAGAAGGGAAACAGACCUUCAUCAACACACUAUAUGAUAACGAGAAAGACCAGCUAUGGACAAGUGCUCAAACUUCCAUCCAAGAUAUUGUUCAGGCCGUCAAGAUCGCACAAGACAAAUACAGUGCUAAGCGGAAUACUCGAGUUUGGAAAUGGCUCACCCAAUUAUCUGCGAGAAUCAGCGUAUAUGGCUCUAUUCUAGAUGUCAUGGUCCAACAUCACCCCGAGUACGCGGCGCUAGUGUGGGGAACGAUGAAAUUUCUGUUUAUAGGAGUAGAGAAUCACGAGGAGUCUGUUCACCAACUCUCAAAAGCCCUCUGCAGAAUCGCGGAUUGUUUACCCAGACAAGAGUUGAAACAUAUUCUAUAUCCCACGAUACAGAUGCAGGAAGCUGUCGCGAAACUUUAUGCGCAUCUUAUACAGUUCAUGGUUCAUGCUAUGCGUUGGUAUCAAAAGAGCAGAUCUAGAAGGGCCAUCGGAGCAAUUCUGAAACCCUUCGCUCUCGACUUUCAAGAUCAACUCGAUGAAGUUUAUGGGUUGUCAAAGAAUAUAAAUGAGAUCGCGAACACCGCAGCCCAGGCAGAGUUGCGUGCUGUACACACAAAAGUUGAAGAUGUUUAUCAGGAACUUAGUCUCGCACGUCUGGAGAUCAAACAUCUCGGAGAGGCUCUUUCACUCGGAAAUGAACGAUCUUUACAAAUUAUGUCCCGUUCUCAAUCGCUCUCUUCUCAGGUUCAGCUGGAUAUACAUUCUCAAUCUGCUAUGAUCAGAACUGUACAGCUCAAUCAGAUCAUGUCAGCGCCCUUCAUGUCAGACAUACCCUCUUCUGGGAAAAGCCUGAAUUACUGCUCCGCCAUUGCCCAAAGACAUCCGCAAUACGUUAUUCUUCCGAACGCGGUAGUCAACGAUCUCCGCGGUUGGUCAGAGGAUAUCAAUUUGCCUUAUCUGAUCAUUGAGACGCCAGACUCAGCUUACGGCAAGGCUCUGUUGCUCAGUCUCCUGCAGCAAAUCCAAAACGCCAAACGGCCAGCGAUCUGGGCUCUACGUUUCGCAAACUUUCUAGACCGAGAUCCGUGUGUUGAGGAUAUUCUUCGAAUUUUGCUCUUACAUGCCCUUGAAGUUAACAGCGAUGCUCUGGCUUUACAAAAUUUUCCAAUCACAUUAGCCAGCCUUCGCGCCGCAUCUAGUCAGGAAGAUUGGUUGGUCUUGUUAGAUCGCGCCCUCGCAGGUCUCGACGAAGUCUACAUUAUAAUUGAUCCCGAUCUUCUUCGCUUCUCGACAGAAGACAAUACCUGCACAGCUGCGGACGUUUUACUAGCUCUUCAGCGUCAUAUACAUAGCACGCGUCUGAAAAUUAUCGUGCUAUCUUUCGGUAUCAACAAGGGGUACUUUGCAAAGCAUUCUGUGGCUGGGUCGUGGAAAGCGAUCAGAGCGAACAACGAGCAGCGUCAAAGGAUGAUAAGAAUGAAACAAAGACACCUCACACGAGUGCGCAAGAUGCGGAGCUCAUAA